GAUGGAAACCCUAGCCGCUACGUUUCCCUUCAUUCUCUAUUUCAUUGGUUUUCUUUCCAAUCAAACAGAAGACCAAAGUUCUUCUUUGCUCUUUCCUAAAAAAAAAAAUGAUCAUCUCCUUCUCUGUCUCGAUCAGAUCUAUUUCCUUCCCACUUCUACCUCUCAUCUUCUACUUCUUCCCCUAUCUCAUAUUCUUUCUGGAAACCGAGCAUAGACCCAAAAAUAGCAGCGAUGAUGCUCCAGACAGCCCUCAAAUCGACGAUUUCGGUUUUGGAAGAGGGCAGAAGGGAAGGGGUACUCGUCGGCGGCAGAGGAGGUACACCACCGACGAGAAAGACGGCGAGAACUUAGAUGAGUUUUUUAGCUUCCUGGGUUGUGGUUUUACACAAGGAAAAAUAGAGUAAAGUGCGCGAUGACAGCGGCGGCGGCCCCGCCGGGAACGAAGGGAAGAUUACAGUUGUGUAUCUUUCUUCAUUUCUCUCCUUGAAUCCCAGAAAUCUCAAUUGAUCGCAACUCUGUGAUGAAAUCGACAAGUUUCGACCUCGCAGACAAUGUUGACUGUAGAGAUGAUGGUCUAAGGUAGUAAAUUUUGGGUUGCAUGUUGUUUUCUUUUGAUUCUCAUUCUCGAGGCUUUUGAUCGGAUUCUAACCCCUUUGGUAUUUUUAUUUUCUUUUUUUGGGGU